GUAAUACACGCGCCGUCUGCGCUCGCUCGCUUUCUGCUCCGCUCCCGCAGCUCCGCUGUAAACCGGUUUAUUAACGUUACAGAUUAACUACAUUACUGCGCUACAGACAUGGCGGCGGCUCCCGCAGGUGGAAGAAAGCGAAUCCUGAAGGAGGAAGAUAUGACGAAAAUCGAGUUUGAGACGAGCGAGGAGGUGGAUGUGACUCCGACGUUUGAUACGAUGGGCCUCCGGGAGGAUCUGCUCCGCGGAAUCUACGCCUACGGUUUUGAGAAACCAUCAGCAAUCCAGCAAAGAGCCAUCAAGCAAAUCAUAAAGGGGAGAGAUGUGAUUGCUCAGUCACAGUCUGGUACUGGUAAAACAGCCACAUUCUGCGUGUCAGUCCUGCAGUGUCUAGACAUUCAGGUGCGUGAGACCCAAGCGCUAAUUUUGGCUCCUACCAGAGAGUUAGCCGGACAAAUCCAAAAGGUGCUGCUUGCGUUGGGUGACUACAUGAACGUUCAGUGCCAUGCCUGCAUUGGUGGCACAAACGUAGGGGAAGACAUCAGGAAGCUGGACUAUGGUCAGCAUGUGGUAGCAGGAACCCCUGGCAGAGUGUUUGAUAUGAUCCGCAGGAGAAGUCUCAGGACCCGUGCUAUUAAGAUGCUGGUUUUGGAUGAAGCUGAUGAAAUGCUCAACAAAGGUUUUAAGGAGCAGAUCUAUGAUGUGUACCGGUACCUGCCUCCUGCCACUCAGGUGGUUCUGAUCAGUGCCACCCUGCCGCAUGAGAUCCUGGAGAUGACCAACAAGUUCAUGACAGAUCCCAUCCGUAUUCUGGUCAAACGUGAUGAGUUGACGCUGGAGGGCAUUAAGCAGUUCUUCGUGGCCGUGGAGAGAGAAGAGUGGAAGUUUGACACACUCUGUGACCUGUAUGACACGCUCACCAUUACACAGGCAGUCAUCUUUUGCAACACCAAACGAAAGGUGGACUGGCUGACUGAGAAGAUGAGGGAGGCAAACUUCACUGUGUCUUCUAUGCAUGGAGACAUGCCACAGAAAGAGAGAGAUUCUAUUAUGAAGGAGUUCCGAUCUGGAGCCAGCCGAGUGCUAAUCUCUACAGACGUGUGGGCCAGAGGGUUGGAUGUGCCUCAGGUCUCACUUAUCAUCAACUAUGACUUGCCCAACAACAGAGAGUUGUACAUCCACAGAAUUGGACGAUCAGGACGUUAUGGCCGCAAGGGUGUGGCAAUCAACUUCGUGAAGAAUGAUGACAUCCGCAUCCUUCGUGAUAUUGAGCAGUACUACUCAACACAGAUUGAUGAAAUGCCAAUGAAUGUGGCGGACCUGAUCUGAAGUGGUUAUUCGAGUGAGACUCUGAGGAGCCUUUUGGUUUCAUCUGGACACAUUACUUUUUUUUUUGAGUUGUUUUAAUUUACUUUUGUCUUUUUAUGUAGGUUGAACCCAAUAUGUUCAUGGUGGAUUGCUCUCAAUAUGCAUUUACUGUGAGAUUUUGUAAAUAAAGAAACUUUGUUGGAAUCUU